AUGAAUAAAAGUAGUAAUACCGUUAAGACUGAAACAAACGUUUUGCCGACUAACUCAAGUAUUAUCAAGAAUUUUGUCGAUUUAAAUUCUAAUGAGUAUCGUAUCAAUGGAUUAAAAUAUUGUUCGACGGUGACUUCUUUGAUUGAUGAUUUUUUAUUGACAAAAGAAUCUACAAAAUCAGUAUCAUCUUCUGAGGAACAAAGCAACGUAUUGAUAUUUGAUCUUUCGCCAAAUGAGUCAGCAAUACCGUCACUUUUUACCGUUUCAUCACCUGCGUCAUCAUUGUCUACAUUAUUAUUCGAUCAUGAUAAAUCUUCAUUAUCAUUAUCCAAACAAACUUUUUUUAAAUUUCAUUUGAAUUUACCAAGUACAUUAUUGAAAAGGAAAAAUUUUAAAUUUGAAAACCUUCUACAGAUUACAUUCAACGAUGAAAAGAGAAAGCAUUUAUUAAAAUUGAUAGAUACUUGUAACGUAUUUGUAUUUUUUGAUAAAUUCUCAACUUUAUCACAUUGUUCUUUUCAGACAUUUUCGUUGAUUACUAAAUUUAUUAAAUUUUUAAAUUCAAUCAAUAAAUCACAGAAUUCACAACUGAUUCUCUUAUCAUUAGAUGAUAAAUUAUCAAACACGUCAAAGGAAUCAAAUUUGACACCAGCAUCGGACGAUUUCAUGAGUUCACAAAUUACUAAUAAUAAAUUUAUUAAUAAUUUGAAUGCGACAAGAAGAAUGAAGGAUAGACCCGCAUUACAAAACUUUAACCUGACAAUAAAAAUACCUAAAAAUUCUACCAAAGGUAUGUUUGUUCAUUCCAUUAAAAAGGAUUCGAUUCAUUAUUCACCAGUAUCCCUAAAGAAAUAUUUUACUUUUAAUAUACCAAACGAUAUCCAUACAAAUGAUUCCAUUUUACCUAAAUGGUUAUUCCCAUUUACAGAUGUACAGAAAAAGGACGAUAUUUUAUUGAUCUUAUUGAAAAAAUUUAAUUUAUUAGAAGAUAUGGAAGUUAAAAGAUUAUCCGAUUGCAUUAAUGACAAAAAUAAUAAUAGUACUAAUGAUUACCAGAUUCAAAAUAAUACUCUAGUGACUAAAGAAAGUGAAGAUUUAGAUCAGGAUGGUACUAAUGAGAAUGAGAAUAAGAAUGAUGACACGUCCUCAUCGCAGUCGUCAACAAGCAUAAAUACCCGUGCUACAAGUACUUCCACAGAUUUACAAUCAUCAAAUUCAUAUCAUAAGAUUUACUCUUUAACACAUUUACAAAACCAAUUCAAGAAACAGAAAAGAGAUUUAUUGAAAAGAAAAUCUACAAAUAAAAUAUCAAGAGCUCCUUCUUUACAUAGAAAAUCCAAUCCUAGACCGGAAAAUGUGCAUUCAACAACAAACGGAACUCAAGAAUCAAAAACAAAAGGCUUACAAUUACCACCCUUAAUUAUUACGGGUGCUAAUCAACAAGAAUCAUCUUCAACAUCCCUAGCAUUACAAAGAUCAAGAACUUUUUCAAAUAACACUACCUCUGAUCUGUCUGAAAAUAAUAUGAAUAGUAGUAAUAGCGAUACAUUAAUGACCCCCUUAGUACAUUACGAAGUAUCCCAAGGUAUUCAAUCCUUUAAUAAAAAUAGAUAUUCCAACAUUUUACCUUAUGAACAUUCUAGAGUGAAACUUCAAUAUUCUCCACUAAUACAUAGUGCCACCGGAAUUAAAAGUACGGGCACUUUUUCUACGAACAACAGCAAUAAUAUUCAUUCAUCCUCUCAUUUAAAUGAAGAUAAUAUCUCAGUUCAUCUUGCACAUACCUCACCUUCGUCAUCAUCAUCUUCGUCAAGAUCACGCUCAAAUUCAAAUUCAAAUUCACAUAGGAAAAGAAAAAAUUCUUCAUCAUAUUUCUCAUUAAACAACAUACCACAAUUCAGUCAAAAUUUGAUUGCACCCAGAGGAGCAGUAUCACCUACUUCAUCGUUAUCAUCAUACUCCAUAUCGCCUUUGGUCCAGACUACUUUUGAAAAUGAUACCACCUUGAACCAACAAUUACUAGAACCACCAAACCCAAUAGAUAGCCGAGAAACAUCACCUACAGGGAUAAUAGAUACCCCAAGUUCAUUAAAGAACUUAAAUACCCAUUCCUUAUCUACAGACAGCACAAGGGAACCUUCAUUUGAUGAAGAAAACCCAAGAAGAUUUAAUGAUUAUAUCAAUGCUAAUUACCUUUCAUUGCCACAAAUCAAUUCAGACUAUGAAUAUAUCGCAACCCAGGCUCCAUUACCCUCUACAAUCGAUGAUUUUUGGAAAGUCAUUAUGUCCAAUAAGGUGAAAGUAAUUGUGUCGUUGAAUUCUGAUGAUGAGUUACAACAUAAAAAAUGGGAUAUUUAUUGGGGUAGCCAAUAUAAUAGAACUACUCAAAGAUUUACAGUUAACAUUGUGAAAGCAGUUAAAAAUGUUUAUAAUCUAGAUGGGUGCACUUUAAGAGUCUUUCAAGUAGUUAGAAACAAUAUAUCACCUUCUGAGUAUUGUGUUGUUUAUCAAUUACAAUAUUCGAAAUGGUUGGAUUCAUGUAGUGCCGACAUGGGAGAUUUACAAAAAUUGUUUAGAAUUAAAAAUCAUUUAAUUAGUUCUCCUAUCAAGUUCUUAUCAAAGCUAGAUAUAUCCCUUGAUAUGAUAUCAGAUCUGACCACUCUACAGAAAAAUUGUAGCAAUUAUAGAAGAGCUUCGAUUUCUAAAGACACCCAUAAUAAUGUGCCAUUAUUAGUUCAUUGUUCUGCUGGCUGUGGUAGGACAGGAGUAUUUAUCACUCUAGAUUUCCUUGUUAACAUACUAACUGCUGGGAAGGAUAAGCAUAAUAAAAUCGAUGUAUGGAAUAUGGAUCAAGAUUUAAUUUUUAUUGUAAUCAAUGAAUUAAGGAAACAACGUAUUUCAAUGGUUCAGAAUUUAACCCAAUAUAUAUCAUGUUAUGAGUCGAUGUUAAAUUAUUUUUCCAUCCUGAAGAGAAAAAAUGAGACAAAAGAUUAA